GGAUGUCCCUCGCCGGCCGCCGUCCCACCUCCCUCCCCGCGAUCGUUGGGCGGGGCCGACGGAAGCCGGGCAGGCGCUGUGGUGCGAGGCGACUCUGGCGGUGUGUGUCUGUCGCCCCGCAGUCAUGGCGGCGGAGCAGGAGGGCUUGAAGGGAGGCGGCGGCGGCGGCAACAACAGCGGCGGGGGCGGCAGCGGGAGGAACCGCGGCGGCGUCCAGCGCGUCGAAGGCAAGCUCCGCGCCAGUGUGGAAAAGGGCGACUAUUACGAGGCGCACCAAAUGUACCGGACGCUUUUCUUCAGGUACAUGUCCCAAGGCAAACAUGUGGAAGCAAGAGAGCUAAUGUAUUCUGGGGCACUGCUGUUCUUCAGUCAUAACCAGCAAAACAGUGCGGCUGACCUGUCCAUGCUUGUUUUAGAGUCGCUGGAGAAAUCGGAUGCUAAAGUUACCGAUGAGCUCUUAGAAAACCUUGCUAAAGUGUUCAGCUUGAUGGAUCCAAAUUCACCUGAGAGAGUCGUUUUUGUGUCCAGGGCCCUGAAGUGGUCCAGCGGAGGGUCAGGGAAACUCGGGCAUCCGAAAUUGCACCAGUUACUCGCCAUCACGUUGUGGAAAGAGCAAAACUACUGUGAAUCUCGGUAUCACUUCUUGCACUCUACGGACGGAGAAGGCUGUGCAAACAUGUUGGUGGAAUAUUCUUCUUCCAGGGGCUACCGCAGCGAGGCGGACAUGUUUGUCGCUCAGGCAGUCUUGCAAUUUCUGUGCUUGAAAAACAAAACCAGCGCGUUAGUGGUUUUUACAACCUACACACAGAAACACCCAUCCAUAGAAAGGGGACCCCCUUUUGUCCAGCCCUUGCUGAACUUCAUCUGGUUUCUACUGCUGGCAGUGGACGGAGGAAAGCUAACGGUGUUUACAGUAUUGUGUGAACAGUAUCAGCCUUCACUGAAGAGGGAUCCCAUGUACAAUGAAUACCUAGACAGAAUAGGACAGCUUUUCUUCGGUGUCCCCCCGAAACAAACGUCAUCCUAUGGAGGAUUACUAGGCAACCUUUUAAACAGCCUGAUGGUAGCUGGGGAGGAGGACGACGCAGAAGAUGGACAGGAGGACAGCAGCCCCAUUGAGCUUGAUUGACAUCUUCCAGAGCUGCCAGGAAUCUCGCUCGCUCGCCCACUCGGAAAAGACGCUUUGAGGACAGGUCCUGAGAUUGCUCCUCAACAGGUCCAAGGGCUCCUCUGUUCUGUUUUUUUUUUCUUUUUUAAAGAGGUUGCUGAGAUGUUCAUGAUGUUCUGGUCUAUAUUAUUUACGUAAAACAGCAGUGAGGCAGCCAAGAGACCCAGUUUGGUGUGAUCAUUGUCAGGCCUCCAGUAUGCUGGCUGGUGAUGGACUGAGACGUUAGUCGCCUCCCGUGACUUCCAUAAGCAGUAUUCAGUACUCCUUCACCAACACAAUAAAAGCAGGACGUGGGAUUUGUGGCUGUACACGCACACGCGCGCGCACACGCACACACAGCCGUGCAUUUUGGUUUCACUUAUCAAAUUAAGUGUUGGAUGGCACAAAGGAACAUCUUGAAAGGCAGGCUCAGAACUGCUGGAGAGGCGGCCAAAAAGCCUUUUGAGGAGAGCCAGACAAGAGCCAGCCUCUUGCAGCAAGGGCACCCCCAAAGAACAAAUUUAUUUCCAUUGUAGAAGGAUAUCUUGUGAAACCCUGAAAGAUUUUGGCUAGCCUUUGAACUGCCAGCCAAUUCCAGCACCUCAGGAUCUCUUUCUCCACAGUAAAAAUAACUCUUUUGCACCCAGGGCUUGGAGCAGAAUGGCUGUUUGUGUCCUGUUUAGGAAUCUGGAGGCUCAGAGGCCUCUCGCUCCCUAUGCAGGUGGCUUUAGUGUCUAUGACGUUUUGGUGGUCUUGCCCGCAGUGCGUACCCAAAACACUGCAUUUCAGCCAGGAGCACAGCAUGCAAAGAUUUGGAACCAGGGGCUCCUUGAACGGAAGGGAUGCUGUGGACCUCUGGGUUCUGUCUCGUUUGUUAUUUAUUUUGUAUUAGAUGAUUUAUUGAUUCAUUUUAACACUUUAUGUGCAAACAAAAUACAAGAACAAACUGACAAGUAACUGCAAAUCACAUGCUUAAAAUAUCAAUCUACAUAUUGUCUCAUUUGGUGCACAGCACCAGAUGUUAGAGAUAUGAUUAAAAGAUGAAAUGGACCGCGGGGUGGGGGCGGGGGUGACACUUUAUUUUUUCACAUUUAAGAUUAAAGGCUUAGAUUAAUAACAGUGAUCAUGCAUGAGGGGAAUAAUGCAUUUUUAUUUACUGUAAAAAGCAAAAAAAUGAAUUUGUGUUAAUUGUUGAGUAUUAAAUAAAUACUUUAUACUGGGA